CGAUUCAUGAGAGCAGUGAUUCAACGAGUCAGCAGUGCGAGUGUCACAGUUGAUGGCACAGUAGUGAGCCGUAUCAACAACGGUCUAUGUAUUCUUGUUGGCGAUACGGACACUGAAAUGGAUUACAUGCAAGUUGUACUGUUCAUAACAAAAAAAAUCAUGGGAUUAAAAGUGUUUCAAGGAACACAAAGCGGUAAGCAAUGGGAUGCCAACAUCAAAGAUAUCAAUGGUGAUGUAUUAUGUGUGAGCCAGUUCACCUUGUAUGCCAAAACAUCCAAAGGAAAUAAACCUGAUUUUCAUCUAGGUAAUUCUGUCAAACUGGUUCGAGAUAUGUAUAAUCGAUUCUUGGAAAAGAUGAGAGCUGCUUAUGAUCCAGAAAAAAUCAAAGACGGCGUUUUUGGAGCCAUGAUGAAAGUAGAUAUUGUUAAUGAGGGACCAGUGACAAUUAUACUUGAUACAGACAACAAGUAG